CUGCACUGGUUCAGCCAUGGCAAAGGGCGCGAACUCAUCGCUCUCAGUGAUAUGCGCGAAGCCAAAGCAAUCAGUUCAGACGACACCCAACGUCUCUUCACCCUCAACAUGCUUGACGGCAGCACCUUUUCCCUAGCGGCGCCCAACAAGGACAAGCGGGACAGUUGGCUGGAAGCCCUGAACACCUUUGCCGUACGUGAUGUACCAGCGAUUGACACUGUGGGCUCUAUGAACUCGAUACGGUCGGUGGCGUCGCUGACGUCUCUGUCCACCAUGAUAUCCAUAGCGGAGCAGAGGUUAGCACAGCGCAGUGUUAGUCUGAAGGAAGGUUUCAUGCAUCAACCGAAUACACCCCUGGCCCAGCAUCGCCAGUCCCAGGGAUCUCUACGAUCGAGCGGUGGUCUCGGCGUGGUCUCCUCUCCGCGCAUGUCUGUGGGUGGGCCUAUGUCCUUCUCUGCGGUGCAAACAUUACCUCCCACAAGCGUGUACAACAUAUCGCUGGCUGUUCUUCUGAGGUACGUGGGCGGAGUGGCGUGCUUUGUGGCGGCUUGUUUGGCGCUGGGGUUGAGUCCGAGUGUUAUCUUGGCGUGUGCGGGGACAGGCCUUUUGGCGUGCUCGCACCAGUUACAAAACCUGCAGGGCGGCAAGUACGCCUGUGUGAGUGUGGAGGUGACCACCGAUGCAGACGACGGCGAGCUGGUCAAGAUAGUCACACGUGUAGGUAUGCCUCGCGACAGUGCCGAGGCUCAGAAGGCGAAGCACAUCCGAGACAACGAGGCAGAGGUGCAGGUGCCGAGCGGUUCUAGCUUCAAUGCACGAUCGGCUACUAAUACUAAGGAUGAAGCCACGUGUUCCCGGGCUGUUGCUAUAAGUGAUACGAAUACAACCACAUCUGCGACCGGUGUAUCUGAGGUGUCGAAGGCUUCUAAUGUGUCGGAUUCGCCACACGUGUGUGGGAGCAGCCGGAGUGUCGGUUCCACCAACUCAACGGCAACGUCUGAUUCGGCUGUAGCUGUAGAGGCGGAAGAAGUUGAGCAGAAAGUAGACCCCAGAGAUCCCGAUGGCACCAGGAUUCAGGCGGUACGUG